GAAUUAGUAUAAAUUCGAUAGCCUCUCAAUCUAGACAAUUAUACAUCAUCGGUCAGUCAUGAAGCUAGUGAUUCUGUGUUUAUUCGGGAGUGCUCUAGCUGAGCUGCCUCGAUUGCGACCAGCGAGGUUCCGUUUUCAGCGACAAGAAUUAGCUCCGACAACAGAUUCUUCGACAGAAGCCACUACAGAAACUGCACCUUAUCCCCCUUCAGGCUGGAAGCCUUCCGGGCAAGCAUUUACCCUGCCUGAACAAACGGAAGCCACUACUACAGAUUCUGCACCUUAUCCACCUUCAGGCUGGAAACCUUCAGGGCAAGCUUUUACCCUGCCUGAACAAACGGAAGCCACUACUACAGAUUCUGCACCUUAUCCACCUUCGGGAUGGAAGCCGGAUCAGCCGUUUGCGCUACCCAACGAACUAUCCACAAGUUAUGGGACCCCAGAGAAUACUUAUGGAGCUCCAGUCGAAGGAACUACAGAUAACCCGAAAGCAGAAAAGUUAGACAGUGUUGAAGUCCAGAAAAGUGUCGGCACUUACUUUAUAGUGUUGCCAAAUGGUCAGUUGCAACGCGUGGAGUUUUUGACAGAGAAUGAUUUACAGAAUAUGAAGUACACAGCAAGGUUACAACUGCGCGAUCGUGCACCAUUGUAUAUUUUUGGUCCUUGAAUCACAAUCUUUGUAUCCAUAUUUUUAUUACAAACUUGGAACCCUUAAA